UUUCUAAGUUAAAACGUAGAACCCUCGCACCCGGCACCCCCAUAAAACCCCACAGAGAAAACCCAAGCUCAUUGAGCUCGUCUUCUCAAAGAUCUCAAAACCUAAUAAAAAAAACACCCAAUUCUUCAACAAAAACAAUGCCCUCAGCUUCACCACCACCACCGGACAUGGUGGUCAAGAACCGCUUUUUAGGGUUCUUAAUAUGGCAAUCCAUUCCCUCCACUGCCAUCUUCAUCUUCUUCAAAAUCUUCAUCUCCACCCUGUAUUCUUCUUCCACCUCUCAAACCCACUUCUUCUCUUUCCUUUUUUUGCCAUCACUCUUUUCCUUUCUUGCAUUCUUCACCUUCCACCUCUCGCACCUUCUCUUCUCUGCUUCACUCUCACUUGUCUCCUCCCCCCAACCCCACCGCCCAGCCUAUCCCUUUCAGCUCCUGCUUGGGCUAAUUCGGAUUUUGCUUGUUUCGGGUGGCUCCGAUGGUUCGGUGUCGGCGGAUUUUCGUCGCCGAGCCAAGGUUUCUCUUCGCUUUGUGCUGUUCGUGGUGGCGGCAGGGCUGUCGGGGCUUGUGGCGGCCGUUUCCAUCUGCUUUGCGAGCUCCAUUGGCGAGUAUGAUGAUGGGGUUCGGUUGGCUGGGAGAGUUGGUAUUAGGGGCCUUGUAAUGGGUUUAGUUUAUGGGUCGCAUUAUGUUUAUAAGCGCCGAUGGGUGUUGGAGUUCCCCAUUAUCCAGCGUCCUCCUUUCUUCAGCUUCAAGAUGGGUCUCCCAUCGGCCAUUACACGAGCUUUAAAGCUUUCAGGUGUUGCUUACCUAUUUUCUACCACCGUGGCACUUUUUCUGCCAGAUCAACUUAAGAGCCAGGGUGCACUGGGGAAAUUUAUUGCUGAGCAAAUAAUAUUUUAUCUCGGGAGUUUUGCGGUUUUUCUCUGUUGGGAAUUAAGUCACCAUUUACAUCAGGUCUUACAUACAAAGAGAUUCAUAUUUGCACCACCCAAAGGAUCAGCAGCUGCAGAAACAAAUCCCAGUGAGCCUCUCCUUGCAGCCCUGGAGGAAAGCAACCCUAGUUCUCUCCUUCAAUAUCUUGCGUAUCUUGAUCUCUGCAUGGUUUGUGAGAAUAAUGUUGAUAUGUGGCGACGAGCUGCCUUUUUUGAAGAAAGCGGUGAAACUUAUAAAAGGGUAAUAGCAGUAUGCUUGAGGCCUCUGGAGCAGCUUGCAUCAAAAUUAGGUGAAGCUUUGGACAAUUCUGUAGACAAAAACUCCCAACUAUCCAAUCAGUUAUUAUCACCUACUGACCUUGAAGAUCCAAAUUGCUUUGAACCACUAAACAACCUCCAGCUUUAUACAUGGUGUGCAAGGAUGGUUUCUGCUCUGACUGCACACUCACACCAGGAGGACAGGUUUGGGGUUGCUCAGCUCUCUGGAAGUAAUGCAGCUGUGAUCUCAACACUGAUUUCUUGCCUUCUUGCAGUUGAAACUUUUAUGGGAAAGACCACCAACGUGCAAUCCCCUCACUUGACAGGAUCUGCUGGUAUAAAAUGGGCAACAUCAAGCAUGGGAAGAACAGACAUUCGGAUGCGUAAAAAGAGAGGUGGCCCUCUACAUUCAAAAGCAUAUGCCAUUGCUGAUGUUCUGAGGACUUCAAUCUACCGUAUUGUUUCUGCGUUCUACGAUGAGAUGCAGGCUAGUGCUAAAGCAGGUCUUCUUGAGAAGGACUGGACCAUUAGUGGCAAGCCUCUUUUUGGAAGCCGUGAAGUGGUUCUGCAUAAACUACGACUUUUCCUGGAUUUCCGAGCUGGCUAAUUGCUAGGUUUCAAAACACACUCCUGCACUGUUUUUUUUCCCUCGCCUCAUUAAUUUAUUUGCAAGGGAAGAACCAAUACAUGAAGAGGAGGCUAUCUUGUUUCCAAAUCCAGAGUCAUAUAGGUGGAAAUAUGGGGUAUUAUUUCAAUUUUGCUUUUAAGAAAAAAAUGUAAAAGAAAUCCUCUAAUUUUCACCGAUUAAUAGAGCACAGGUUGUUGACUGUA